UUUCUUCUUAAUUUGCUCUUUGCAUUUUUUGCUCAAGCAAAGUUGAGUUGAACCCAUUUGCUAAAUAUUCCUUAUAGUUUAGUCGCAGAUACCCUCUGAAAAUGAGGCAUCUGUCUACAAAAGCUACGUGCAACUCUCACGGCCAAGAUUCAUCAUACUUCCUAGGAUGGGAGGAGUAUGAGAAGAAUUCCUAUGAUAAGGUUCAGAACCCAAAAGGGAUCAUUCAAAUGGGUCUUGCCGAGAAUCAGCUCUCAUUUGACCUUCUUGAAUCGUGGCUUGAGAAGAACCCUGAGCCAGCUGGGUUCAAGAGAGAUGGAAAAUCCAUAUUCAGAGAGUUAGCUCUUUUCCAAGAUUAUCAUGGCCUCCCAGCUUUCAAGAAGGCCUUGGUAGAAUUCAUGGCAGAAAUCAGAGGAAACAGAGUUAGCUUUGAUCCCAACCACAUGGUUCUCACUGCUGGCGCAACUUCUGCUAAUGAGACUCUCAUGUUUUGCCUAGCUGAACCCGGCGAAGCCUUUCUCCUUCCAACUCCAUACUACCCUGGAUUUGAUAGAGAUCUUAAGUGGAGAACAGGAGUUGAGAUUGUACCGAUACACUGUACUAGCUCCAAUGACUUCCAGAUUACUGAAACCGCUCUAGAAGCAGCCUACUAUGAAGCACAACAGUGUAAUCUAAGAGUCAAAGGUGUCUUGGUUACCAACCCAUCAAAUCCAUUAGGCACCACAUUGAGUCGAAGUGAACUGAACCUCCUCAUUAGCUUUAUUACCACCAAAGGCAUCCAUCUUAUUAGCGAUGAAAUUUAUUCCGGCACCGUUUUUAGCUCGCCAGGCUUUGUUAGUGUCAUGGAAGUUUUAAAGGACAGAAACUGUGACAAAUCCGAAGUUUGGGACCGAGUUCACAUUGUUUAUAGUCUUUCAAAGGACCUGGGUCUACCUGGUUUUCGCGUUGGAGCAAUCUACUCCAACGAUGACAUGGUUGUGGCUGCCGCAACCAAAAUGUCUAGCUUUGGCCUAGUGUCCUCUCAAACUCAAUACCUUCUUUCCGCAUUGCUUUCCGACAAAAAAUUCACAAAGAACUACAUCUCCGAGAACCAAAAAAGACUUAAAAACCGGCAAAACAUGCUUGUUAUGGGCCUUAAGAGAGCUGGUAUUAGCUGCCUCAAGAGCAAUGCAGGUCUAUUUUGUUGGGUCAACAUGAGGCACCUUUUGCGAUCAGACACUUUUGAAGCAGAAAUGGAGCUUUGGAAGAAAAUUGUUUACGACGUGAGGCUAAAUAUCUCUCCUGGCUCAUCCUGUCACUGCACUGAACCAGGUUGGUUCCGUGUGUGCUUUGCUAACAUGACCGAAGAGACUUUGGACCUCGCUAUUAAACGACUCAAAGACUUUGUGGUGGAGCACACAGCCAAUGGCCACAGUAAAAGCAAUAACUCCUCCAAGAAAUCAAAGAGAAAGUUACUCCCUAAGUGGGUUUUACGGCUACGUGAUCGUGAUCACGAGCCCGAUGAACGAUAG